GGCAAGCAGCUGUUUGGCGUCUUCAAGGAGGCCAAAGCCUGCUACCAGGAGAAGAAGGCUGCCAUCAAGGCCGACAAGGCCUUUAUCAAGCGUGCCCAGACCUUUGAUGUCGCCCGCGAUAUUCACGCCCAAGCGCCCCCGCCGCCUCCUUCCGCCCACAACCGCGCCUACGUCUAUGACGACUAUGUCGAAUAUCAGGAGGACGCCCGCUCUCGUGCCUCGCACAGGAGUCACCGCACCUCUCGAACGAAGCGCUCCCAGUCGCAGACCUCACGACGGACCCGUGGUGAUGUCGAAUACCAUGCUCGUCCCGCCCUGACGGCGAGCAACCUCAAGACGCACUCCGAAGUCUCGAGCGUGGCCCCCUCGCGCGUGCCGCGAACAAUCGACUACCGAUCUCCCUACGCAGAGACGGCCCCGCGCGACAUGGCCCUGAGCCGACCGACAUUGCACCAUUACACAACAGCCCCUACCGCCACCGAGUCUCUCGCCGAUUCGACGACAAUCCGCGGCGUUCCGGCGCCCAGCAUCCGGGCCGCCCCAGCCCCUCCUGAGCCCGGCCAUCUGGCGCGCGCGGCAACCUUUGACGUGGCCCCGCGCCGAAAAGAGAAGGAGAUUGACAUGAACCUGGCGUAUGGCAACAUUCCGCCCGACCUCGAGUCUCGCACCGAUCUUGACCCGGCCUACAAGGAGGCGGAAGCCAAGACGCUCAUCGGCCGUGUCGAGUCCCUCCUCGACGAGGCCGAGUGCGUCGGGUACUCUGCCACCACCAUGAUCAAGCGCCUGCAGGCCGAUCCCAAUGCCGCCGCCGCCGUGGCCCUGUCGCUUGCUGAGUUGUCGAAACUGCUCAAGACGAUGAGCCCCGCCUUUCUCGGCCUCCUCAAGGGAGGGUCGCCGGCCGUCUUUGCGCUGCUGGCGUCUCCCCAGUUCCUCAUUGCGGCAGGCGCGGCUGUGGGCAUGACGGUCGUCAUGUUCGGCGGAUGGAAGAUUGUCAAGCAGAUCAAGGAUGCCCAGGCGCAGAAAGAGGCCAUGGCCGCCGAGGCCAUGGCUUUCGAGGCCUUGCCAGAACCCGCGCCGCAAGUCUACGCCCCUCCCAGCGUGCACCCUGAGAUGAUGGGAGCCGAGAUGCCCCGGGGUGGCGGAUGCGGCGGCAGCCAGGGCAGCUACGAUGAGGCUCUCGUUCUGGAGGAAGAACUCAGCACGAUCGAGUCGUGGAGGCGUGGCAUCGCGCCGUUUGGCGAGGAUGACAGCGCAGAUUUCGAGCUCAUCAGCCCCGAGGCCGAGCGCGCGCUCCGCAAGCAGCGACGCGCCGAGGAGAGGGGGGAUGACGACAUGGUCUCGAGGUCGGGUCGGUCGGAGCGGAGCUCGCGCACACACCGCAGCUCCAGGACGACCAAGACGACCAAGACGCACAGGUCGCACCACAGCCGGAAGCCCGAGAGCGAGGCUCCCGAUCGGAGGAGUACCGCGCUCACGGUCAAGGAUGACGAGAGCGUCGCGGGCAGCCAGCGGAGCCACCGGUCGACGCGGUCGAAACGGAGCGAGAGGACGGCCGUGCUCGCCAUUGAGCCGGCGCCGGCUGCGGGGUCCGACAAUGGGCUGGAGCACGUGCUUCGGCCGAAGAAGGACAGCAUGCUCAAGUCGUUGUUCAAGAAGAAGGAGAAGGAUGGACGGCUCGAGAGCAGGGAGAAGGUGUCUGCCGUUGUGUUUUGA